GAAGUUGUUGGUGCCGACCUUGGGGAAAACUAAUGGUAAAGCAUGGCGAAUAAAGAGCCUAAUCAUGACUCUAGUCAGAAGAAUAAACCCUAAUCGUACAUCCUGGCAUGUCAACACAACCUUUUUUUCAGCAUUUGAGGGAUUUUGCUGGUCGUAUGUCCUCUGGCCCUCGAGGUGCAGGGACUGGACUGAAGUUAUUAAUCGGCGCUGGUGCACUUGCUUAUGGACUCAAAGAGGCCACAUAUACAGUGGAGGGUGGUCAGCGAGCGAUCAUCUUCAACAGAAUUGGUGGAAUGCAGAUGGACACUGUCCUGGCUGAGGGGCUACACUUCAGGAUACCAUGGUUUCAGUACCCCAUUAUAUAUGAUAUCAGAGCAAAACCAUGCAAAAUUUCCUCUUUGACUGGAAGUAAAGACCUUCAGAUGGUGAACAUUGCGCUGCGUGUGUUGUCACGGCCCUUGGCCUCCAACCUUCCCUACAUGUACCAGCAUCUGGGGGUGGACUAUGAUGAGCGUGUCCUUCCUUCCAUAGUCAACGAAGUCCUAAAGAGUGUUGUAGCCAAAUUCAAUGCUUCACAGCUCAUAACGCAAAGAGCUCAGGUUUCGUUGCUGAUCCGUCGGGAGCUGUUUGAACGUGCUAAAGACUUCAACAUCAUCCUUGAUGAUGUAGCCAUCACAGAGCUGAGCUUCAGCAGAGAGUACACAGCAGCUGUCGAGGCCAAACAAGUUGCCCAGCAGGAGGCACAGAGAGCUCAGUUCUUUGUGGAAAAAGCUAAGCAGGAUCAGAAGCAAAAGAUUAUCCAAGCUGAAGGAGAGGCCCAAGCAGCCAAAAUGUUAGGAGAGGCAGUCACAAAGAAUCCUGGAUAUCUAAAACUCAGGAGAAUCCGAGCGGCACAGAACAUCGCUAAAACAAUGGCAGCUUCCCAGAACAGAGUAUAUCUGAAUGCAGACAGUCUAGUCCUGAACCUCCAGGAUGAGUCAUUUAAUAAAUUGUCCCUGAAUAAAAAGAAGUAAGCAACCCAGAGAGCACUUUCAGUGUGUGUGUGUGUGUGUGAGAGAGGUGGUGUGUGCGGUGAUCUCUGUCACUGCAGGGAUCACAGUCUUCAAGUGCCAUGUUCUGUGUUUCAGAGAACUUAAUCCAAUAAUGACUUUGAAUUCGUUAUGCACGUUUGUCAGUACAGAUUCAACAAGAUUUAUUUAAUGAAGUUCACUCAUGGUUAUUUUGAGUCCUUUUUCAGCUGUAUAUUGCAGUUCUAUGCAACAUAGAGAUCUGUUAUGAAAUUCUUAAUUUAAUGCCCCCUCCCCAACACCACUUUGCUGAUUGUUGCCAUCAAAUGUAUUAUAGUAAUAUUUAUUAUCAGAUCAAAAUCCACCAAUUUUCUGAAAAACACCUACUGUCUUUGCUGUAUCCUUGUGUGACUUGGUCAUGAAAGGACAGUGAAAUAAAAUCUGUGUUCAAAAUGGGAUUCAAAAGAUUGUGUUUUUGUAAGACUUUAUCCAAGAUAAAAUGGUCAGUCCAUCAAAAAGAUGC